AUGGCGCUGCCCAGCGCGGCUCGGGCGCUCUGCUCCGUCGCCCGCCUGGGCGUCCCGCGCCGGCCCCGCUCCGCGCCCGCCGCCGAGCCCCGCGGGGCCGCCCCGCCGCCUGCGGGCAGGGGGGCCCGGCCCGCGCCCCCGCCGCGGGGUGCGGAGCGGAGGCCGCCGCCCGCCGUGGAUUUCGGGGACCCGCGGGAGGCGUUCCGUAGCAAGAGCAGCGCCGAGCUGCUGCGGGGGCUGCUGGUGCUGGGGCUCUGCACCGUCGGGCCGCUGGUGGAGCACAACCGGGAGCUGCUGCAGCUGUGCCAGCGCGUGCUGGGGCAGGCGCUGUUCGAGCGCCUGAUGAAGAUGACGUUCUACGGGCAGUUCGUGGCCGGGGAGGACCAGGAGGCCAUCAAACCGCUCAUCCGGCGGAACCAGGCCUUCGGCGUGGGCGCCGUGCUGGACUACAGCGUGGAGGAGGAUCUGAGCGCGGCGGAGGCCGAGCGCAAGGAGCUGGACUCCUGCACCUCUGCAGCCGAGAAGGAGAUGGGAGGAGCAGAGCAAAGGGAGAAGCAGUACCGAGUCCACCGGGGAUUUGGGGAUCGCCGCGGUGGGGUCAUCAGUGCCCGCACCUACUUCUAUGCUGAUGAGGCCAAGUGUGACCAGCACAUGGAGACCUUCCUCCGCUGCAUUGACGCCUCAAGUGGCAGCUCAGAGGACGGCUUCUCGGCCAUCAAGCUGACAGCACUGGGCAGACCUCAGUUCCUGCUGCAGUUCUCGGAGGUGCUGGUGAAGUGGAGGAGGUUCUUCCACCAAAUGGCUGCAGAGCAAGGCCAGGCUGGGCGGGCAGUGCUGGAAAUGAAGCUGGAGGUGGAGAAGCUGCAGGAGGCCCUGGCCAACCUCGGUGUCGUGACAAAGGCAGAGAGCCAGCACUGGUUCACAGGCGAGAACCUAGGCAUGAGCAGCACUGUGGACCUGCUGGACUGGAACAGCCUGAUUGACAGCCGCACGAAGCUCUCCAAGCUGCUGCUCAUCCCCAAUAUGAAGACCAGGCAGCUAGAGCCUCUGCUCUCACGCUUCACCGAGGAGGAGGAUCUGCAGAUGAAGCGGAUGCUGCAGAGGAUGGACAUCCUUGCCAAGAGAGCCACAGAGAAGGGCGUGAGGCUGAUGGUGGAUGCGGAGCAGAGCUACUUCCAGCCGGCCAUCAGCCGGCUCACCCUGGAGAUGCAACGCCGCUUCAACAGGGAUCGGGCCAUCAUCUUCAACACCUACCAGUGCUACCUGAAGGAGGCUUAUGACAAUGUGACUGUGGAUGUAGAGCUGUCGCGCCGGGAGGGCUGGCACUUUGGCACCAAGCUGGUCCGUGGUGCCUACAUGGAGCAGGAGAGGGAAAGGGCAGCCAAGAUUGGCUAUGAAGAUCCGAUCAAUCCCACCUAUGAGAAGACCAAUGAGAUGUACCACAGGUGCCUGGACUAUAUCCUGGAGGAGAUCAAGCACAGCCGGAAAGCCAGUGUGAUGGUGGCAUCUCACAAUGAGGACACAGUGAAGUUCACCCUGCGUAGGAUGAUGGAACUUGGGAUCCAUCCCUCAGAGAAGAAGGUCUGCUUUGGGCAGCUCCUGGGCAUGUGUGACCAGAUCACCUUCCCCCUCGGCCAGGCUGGUUUCCCUGUCUACAAGUACGUGCCGUACGGCCCGGUGAACGAGGUGCUGCCCUACCUGUCCCGGCGGGCCCAGGAGAACCGGGGCUUCAUGCAAAGGGCCAACCGGGAGCGGGACCUGCUCUGGAGGGAGGUGAAGAGGCGGCUCCUCACCGGCAGCCUCUUCAGUCCCAGCCACUAACCUCAACCAUGGUGCCCUGCCCAGGGCUCUUGUGCCUUCACCAACAACCCCUUUUGCUGGUCCCUGUCCUAGUUCUGCUUGUAGUUCUCCCACCCCUCGUGCCCUUUGUCCUGGGAGGAGACAUUUUUGUCUCCUUUGCUGUUUGAACCUUCUGGAGGUGACUGCUGUAGGGUUGUUCCAGAGCUGACACUGCCCCUAAGGAUGUUCCUCUGCUGUCCCAGGGGCUUUUGAGCUGCACUUGCCCUGGGCUGUCUCAGGGGAGAUGCUGGGGCUCCUCUAUCAGUCCCCCCACACCUCCUUGAAUGCUGUCCUGGGGUUUUGCCCUUGCAGGAUUGUGCAGGGAGAUUUGGCCUCCUCCUUUGUGGAUGGCCUGAGGUCCAGGGUGGGAUGAGGAGCUUGGGGACAAAGUAGUCUCAGGCAGAAGCUCUUCCAACCUCUGUCAUGGCUGGGGCUUGGUCUCUUCCAGUUCCAUGGAGGCAGAUGCCAAAGCAGAGGCCACAGUGAGCUGAGGAGGGUCUCUGGGCAGGGGCAGUGUCGGUCCCCACCGCCUCUCCCAAGGCAGCCACUGCCACUACUCACCAGCAGGCUCUCCUCGACCCCAGGGUCCACCCUGGGGCAGGAGGGGUGAAGGGGAGCUGACUGGCCUCUUCCCCAUGCUGUACGUGUCCUGGUUGUGGUCCCCAGCUCUGAUGCUGGACCAGGGGUGGUAAAAGCACCAGGAGCCAGACCACAGCUCCUCUCUGUCAGACACUGGAUUUGCUGAGAAGGUUGAUGAUUAAAUCAUAACUGUUCUUGC